CCUUGUGUCCUGAGGCGCCCGUUUAAAUCCAUUGACUCACCACCGCGACGUUGGUCCCCACCUCACCCUCUUCUCUUCCACGUCAACCGCCAUCAUACUGUGUAGUUUCGAACUGUUCGCCAAUUACACCGCAUACUUUGAUUGUUUUGUUUAGUUGUGCUCGUCAAACCACAUAAUCGACAUUUCGCACCGCAUUGCGGGAGCUACAUGUUACCGGCCCCGAAGCCUCCGCGUGUCCCAGCAUCAUCAAUGCCCUAUCCAAAACCUGACAAUGGGUGCGUGGACAAUGGAUCUGCUGCAUCUGCGGCAUCUGCGACUCCAAUUCCAGCCCCCCCGGGAGACCAGGCUGUCCUACGGGAUGUGCCCGCUGCAGACAAUGACCGUCGAGUGGCCAUUCUCGGCGCCGGCGUAACCGGGAUCAGCUCUGCGCUCCUGCCCCAGACGACCUACCUCGUCUCAAGGAUUGCGCGUGACUUUCAUGCCGCCUUGAACGUCGGCCAUGGCAAGCCCCCUGAGUCACCGUCGCGCCGGACCCGGUCACCUCGACGUCUUCGGUGCCUCCCGUCCUCUUCCUCUACAGCCCCAGCAUUCCACUCAACUGAUUGUACAUUCUAUUCCUCCCAAGGGAGAAUGGUUACACUGCAGUGCCAGCUAGUCGCCCUCCACACUUUGCUGCCCUCCGAUGCUGCGGCAGGGGGGGAACGCUGUGCAGGACCAGGUGACAGUGUUGCCGUGAUGCGCAGGGGGUUUGAUGCGAAAGCUGGAGGCGAGGGAACAGAGUGUACACGCUACGAAAAGGGUUUGCUUGUGCUCGACAGCACGUCUCCCUGCAGGCGGAACGUGCCAUCGACCAGCCGGGAGAUCCCUCUGUCGCUCCAUCGCCCGGGUCGAAUUUUGGACGAGUUGCUCCUCCGGAGCGUCGCUCUCGUUUCCGCCAAUCAUGGUCUUCUGGAAGGAAUCCACGAGCAACUCGGCCCUGAUGCUGAAGAAGCCGACCCCUUAGGGACGUGUCGUAACAACUACGCCUGUCUCGAGGCCCCCAGCACCACGAAAGCCGAAUGGGCGGUGGGAUCCCAGCCUGGGACGAAGGAAGCGGAGGACACGAGUUUCGGAUCCGAGGGAAAGGAGAAGCCCAAGAUGCCACAAGCUGAGCCGAAGGAAGCAGUCCGCGCCAAGAAAACCGGCGGAAAGGACCCAGCUGAUCUGUGCCAAUCCGACGUCCUUUGGGCACUGAUGGUCAGUGUUGUCGGAGCGGCCUAUGGCUACUACGGCGGCCGCCAGCUCUGCUUGGACAGGGCUUCGUCCUGGAAAGCGAUGCCACGAGCAAUCUAUUGAGCCUCCCCGACCUGGGAUCACGUCGUUAAACUGGUCCGUAUCUGUCAUCGCCAACAGAACUUUGCCGUCUUCGGACAGAGCUCCA